GCAAUUUCAGAUUCUAUCUGGUCUUCCCCUUCUAUAGAUAAAUGUUUGGUGAAUAUGUGUGUGUAUAUAUCCAUGUAUUAUAAGGAUUCUAAGACUUUCAAAAUCAAAACUUCGUAUAACAGAAUGAAAAGGGCUAAUUUGUCCACCAAAGUAAAUUCCCAACUAAGGACUUGCCCUCUUAUUCCUGUUAAUAAAGUUCUAAAACCUUGCUUUCUUUUAUCUGUGCUCAUCACCUUCCUUCUCAUCCUCUCCGAUGGAGUUGAAGCUGCGGCCGGCAAGAACAAGGUUACUAAUAUUGGUGCUAUCAUUGAUGGUAAUUCCCGUUCAGGGAAAGAAGAGAAAACAGCAAUGGAAAUUGCAGUCCAAAACUUCAACAGCAUCUCAAGAAACCACAAGCUCUCUCUUCACUUCAAGCAUCCUAAAGGAGACCCUCUUCAAGCAGCUUAUGCAGCUAAAGAGCUGAUCAAAGAGAAGAAAGUGGAAGUGAUUAUUGGCAUGGACAAAUGGGAGGAAGCAGCCCUGGUUGCUAAUAUUGGAAACCAGUCUCAAGUUCCAAUUCUUUCAUUUGCAGCACCAGCCAGAACCCCGAUAUUAACUUCACUUCGUUGGCCUUUUCUAAUUAGAAUGGCCAGUGAUGGGUCAGAACAGAUGAGAUGCAUUGCAGCUCUUGUCCAUUCUUAUAAUUGGAAAAGGGUAGUAGUGAUUUAUGAAGAUGACGUGUUAGGAAGUGAAUCUGGCAAUUUAGCUCUUUUAACCGAGGCUCUACAAGAGGUUGGUUCGGAGAUUGAAUACCGCUUGGUUCUUCCACCGUUUUCAUUUUUAACAGAUCCAAAAGAUGUUGUUCAAGAUGAGCUUACGAAGCUACAACAUCAAACAAAAGCUCGUGUUUUUAUUGUUCUUCAGUCAUCUUUGCCUAUGCUCACUUGUUUUUUCGGAGAAGCUAAGAAAGCGGGGCUUGUAGGCAAUGACACAGUCUGGAUAGUUGGAAACAGUAUUACUAGUUUCUUAGAUUCUGUGGACAAUCCUGUUUUUUCUUCUAUGGAAGGCACUCUAGGAAUCAAAACCUACUAUUCUUCCAGCAGUUAUUACAAAAGAUUCGAAGCACUGUUCCAGAAAAUUUUCCGGUCAGAGUAUCUAAAUGAAGAUGAUUUUCAACCAGGAAUUCAAGCAUUAAGAGCAUAUGACAGCAUUGGUAUUAUCACACAGGCCAUAGAAAAACUAGGUAGCAACAUUACUAGUCCAAAAACGUUUCUAAACAGCGUAUUAGAAAGCGAUUUCACUGGUUUGAGUGGUAGAAUACGUUUCAAGGAUGGGAUGCUGUCAGAUUCUCCUACAUUAAGGAUUGUUAAUGUGGUUGGGAAGAAAUGUAAGGAACUGGAUUUUUGGUUGCCAAGUUGCGGUUUAUCGGAUACCCUCUACGUGGAACAAGGCAAAGGAAGGUGCAGAAACAGUGAUGGUGGUAAAACCUCAGGAGGGUUGUCCGGUCCUGUGAUUUGGCCUGGGGAUCUCAACGGCCGAGACCCUAAAGGAUGGGCAAUGCCUUCUGAAGCAAAGCCAUUGCGAAUAAUAGUCCCUAAAAGAAGCUCGUUCGAUGAGUUUGUGACAUUUCGACCAGGCGAGGAGCAGCCUGUAGGUUUUUGCGUUGAACUCUUUGACAAUGUUUCGAGACGAUUGAAUUACUCUAUACCACACGUAUUCGUCCAGUUUGAUGGGCAGUAUGAUGAUCUGAUUGAAGGUGUUUUCAACAAGACUUAUGAUGCUGCCAUUGGAGAUAUAACCAUAUUAGCUGAAAGAGCAGAAUACGUAGAAUUCACUCAACCUUAUGCAGAGUCAGGAUUGUCCAUGAUAGUUCCACUUGAGACUGAAGAUACAGCAUGGAUUUUCUUGAAGCCUUUUAACUUAGAGAUGUGGAUGGUGAGCGGUGCUAUGUUGAUCUACACAAUGCUUAUAAUUUGGUUCCUGGAGAACCAAACGAAUCCAGAAUUUAGAGGCCCUUGGAAGUAUCAGUUCGGGACCGCGUUUUGGUUCAUAUUUUCAUCUCUAUUCUUUGCUCAGAGGGAGAGACUUUAUAGCAACUUCACUCGAGUUGUGGUGGUAGCGUGGCUUUGUGUUGUCUUUAUCUUAACCUCAAGCUACACUGCCAGUUUGACUUCAAUGCUCACCGUGCAACGAAUGAAACCGAAUUUUUCAGAGUUUGAGAAACUAAAGAAGGACAAGUUAAAUGUUGGUUGUGAUAAUGAUUCUUUCGUCCAGAAGUACCUCGAGGAUGUUCUUGGAUUUGAUCACGAUAAAAUCAAGAUCUUUGACGAUGAAAAUAAUUACACAACUGAAUUUGAAAGGAACAGCAUAGCUGCUGCUUUUCUUGAACUCCCAUAUGAGAGACUUUUCCUCAAUCAACAUUGUAAAAGUUACACCGGCACAAAAGCCACAUACAGAUUUGGAGGGCUUGGCUUUGCAUUCCAAAAAGGCUCUCCUUUUGCUGCUGAUUUUUCUAGAGAGAUUCUAUGCCUAUCGGAGGAUGGGAACAUAACACGUUUGGAAGAAAAGUGGUUUGUCCCCUCACCUGAGUGUUCAACUUCGGCAACUAAUAAUAAUGUCGAAAGCUUGAGCGUCCGCAGCUUCAAGGGAAUCUACAUUGUAUCUGCUGCGGUAUCUACCAUCUGUUUUCUACUAUUUCUCUUUCGCUUGUUAAGGAGUUCACGGCCUCAGAGGCCAUCUCACUCCAGGUGGUAAGAGUGGUUCAAGCAGUGGAGAUAAAAUUACAAAAUACUUUUAUAACGGAGAAAAAACCAUAGUUCUUAGGAGGGCUUCAACUUUUGCUCAAGCACUAGAUAAGGAUGAAUUGGGCUCUACGAAGUGGGAAUAUGUGAGUAACUCUGACAAUUUGGAGAAUAAUUAGGGUUCCUCGCAAGCUGAGAUUGAAAUGCUAUAAAUUCCACGACAUAAGGAUCAAAAAGAUGAAAAGAAAAUGAAGAACGUGGCCAGAGAUCAAGGUUACUGUGAAUAUUAAUUAGUUCUCCGAACUCCAUUUGCAGUGAUUAAAGUCGUUGUUGACUAAGCACUGAAAAUUGUCAAUAGGAUUAGAUGUAUACACUUAGCUAAGUCUAUAGAUUCAGGAUAUGAUUUGGGAGGGUGAUUUAUCUCCUUUUUAUAUAUAUAUAAACUCAGGAAACUCAUGGGUA